AUGGUUAAGUGGUUCUCGGCGGCAGAUGGAUUAGGGUUGCGGUUCGGACCCCGUGGGCAGCCAGCCAGGGAUAGGGUUGUUGCGGUGGUGUGGCGGUGCGGCUAUCGAACGAGGCGGAAUAUAACGCGACGCAACACGACACCACGAAUAAUGCGAAUAAGAGACUGGUCCGAGAUCGGGAGAGUGGCGAAAGAAAAACUGGGACCCCGACUGCUCGGUGCCAGCCUUUAUAUAUGGCUGCCGCGUGGGAACGCUACCGUAAUACAUUGCCAUUGGCAAUGUUUCCCACGCGGUGCGCGAGAACGGAGGCCGGCUGGCUGGGAAAGUCGUGCCGGGCACGACACUGGGGGCAGCCGAAAAGAACCGCUAGGGCGAAGAUGGAGGCCUGAUGGUACUGGCCACAAGUGGGACCUCGAAGGGCCAAUGGUUGCCGAGAACCGGUCAUCUACGAGUCAGACAAACACAACCUACGGGUUAUUCUAG